GACACGUGACACAUUCAAAAUGGCAGCCUCCAUCAAGAAACAGAUGUGGAGAAAAUUCAAGAGGAAUUUAAAGCCAUCAACUUUCUUUCGCUACCUUUUUGAUCCAAAUUUAUGUGUUCCUGUUAUGAUUUUGCUAUUCUUAGCUGAAUGCUUCGUGUCAAUAUUUGUUAUCAAUAAGAUAAAAUACACAGAAAUAGACUGGGUUGCCUAUAUGCAGGAAGUGGAAGGUGUUAUAAAUGGAACUUAUGAUUAUAUGCAGUUAAAAGGGGACACUGGACCUUUAGUGUACCCAGCUGGUUUUGUGUAUAUUUUCUCCGGACUUUACUAUCUGACAGAUCAUGGAAAAGACCUCAGGGCAGCACAAUAUAUAUUUGCAGUGCUCUACCUUCUAUCGCUCUUUGUCAUAUUUGAUAUUUACAGGCGUGUUAAAAAGGUACCACCUUUUGUGUUUUUCUUCAUGUGUUGUGCCUCAUACAGAAUACAUUCAAUCUUUAUACUGAGGAUGUUCAACGAUCCAGUCGCCAUGUUGUUUCUAUAUUUAGCAAUAGAUCUCUUCCUUCUUAAUAGGUGGUCACUUGGAUGUCUGAUGUUUAGUGACUAUUUAAAUAAAAGAUACAUUAUAUCACAUUUUCAGGUUGUUUUUGCAUUGCCAUUUUUACUGGAGAAUCCCUGGGCGUACAUCAAGAUGUCUUUUAACCUCGGGCGCCAGUUUUUCUAUAAAUGGACGGUGAAUUGGCGCCUGAUUCCGGAGGAUAUUUUCCUGAAUAGAACCUUUCAGAUGUCAUUGCUGCUAGCUCAUAUAGUAAUACUCCUGGCAUUUGUGAUGAUUAAAUGGAGAAGAUAUUUACCAAAGAUGGAUGUCAGUAGCUUUAAAAAGCCAAAUAUUCACCUGCAUCAGAUCAUAAUCCUUUUAUUACAGAUAUUAUUACCAUUAUUUACAGCUAAUUUUAUAGGAAUGUGUUUCAGUAGAUCUUUACAUUACCAGUUCUAUGUGUGGUAUUUUCAUGGUUUACAUUACCUUCUCUGGUCUACAAAUUUACCUGUAGUUUUAAGGAUAUUGUUAUUAGGUGUUAUAGAAUUAUGUUGGAACACAUAUCCAUCUACAGAAUUGAGUAGUUCUAUGUUACAUGUAUGUCACCUUGUGACAUUAAUUGGACUAUGGAUGUCUCCAGCAUAUACCACGCAGAGAAAAACAACAUCUGUCCAGAAAAUAGAGUGAUUCUUGUGAAAAUUAGAAAGAUAGUAUUCAAUAUAUUUGGUUUAAUGUUAACACCUACCGGAAAGAAAUUCUUUGAGGCAAAUAACAUUGUAGUCUUCAAAAUGAAUUUUUGCAUUGAAAAUCUUACUUCCUUGGGAGAUGGAUCUGAAAAAGUUAAUGUUGAUGUAGGGAAGGUUAGAAAACGAGAUGCAGGCAUUCUUGCAUGGAGCUGUACAUUACAAUAAAUCAAAGUUUCAGAUUUUUGUUGCCAUUAACCUGUUAUGGAAUUGAUUUUGUACAGAGAAUAUUUCAUAUACCGUGAAUGAGAUUUGAGAUCUUUAAAGAUUGAAAUAAGGGUACAAUAAGGGUACAAGAAAUGGCACAAAUAAAAUUUGUUUUAAGGUAUUCACUACCUUUAAAAUGGUUGUAACAUGGACUAGAGCCAUGACAUAAUUUAUGUGAGUGCUAUGUUGUCUUUGUGAAGUGAUUUAGAAUACAAUUCUUUGUAAAGAUAUGUGAUUGUGAAUUUUCAAUCAUAAGAUAUCUUUUUGGUUUGUUUCAGGAACAAAUAUAAGUGUUUAAAUAAGCUUAUAUAGCUUCCAACACAAUCAAACUAAAAUAAAUUUGUAUAAAAUAUAAACUCAACUAAGAUAUCUUUUAAAUUCAUAUCUUAAUGUAGAAAUUAAUUUGUUGACCUUUUGACAGGUAUAUUUCUAGGAUAUUUUUAAAAAGUAAAAUUUCACUUAAAACAAAUGAUUCUUAGGAAUGCUUUGUAAAUUUUGUAGAUAUCUUGUAUAUUUAUUUUUUGGAAAGGAUGUAGUAUGUAUCAAGAUUUUUCAAAGAAAUCUUUUCUGUUUUACCAAAUCAAAGGAUUGACUUUUUGUGGUGUGCGUUUAUAUUCAUAGUUUUAUGGUAACUUGAUUGGCAGUAUUUUUUGUGUUUUAAUUACCAGUUGUGUUUAACAAAAGAAGAAUAAAGAAGUGCAAUAGUAUAAAUUGA